UUAGAAUUCUUUAAUAAUAUAACUGAUAUAAUGAUAUAACUCAUAGUUUCUAUUAAGAAAAAAGAAACGAAAACAAAACAAUUGUUUGCUUUAUUUUAAGCUGCUUAUUUUUAAAAAAUUCUGUAAAACUUUUUUUAGUUUUUUCGUUGAUUGCUAUAAUGGAGGCGAUUGCAUGUGCAGAUAAAUAUGAACAUACCAUAUCUGGUGUUAUGUAUGUAGAACAUAAUAUACCAGGCCCUGGAAUAAAUCUGGAAGAAUUCGAAUUAGAAUAUUCAUUAGGUUGUUCAUGUACAAUUCAGUGUUCUGAUUGUUCAUGUACACGUGGUUCUCCAAAUUAUAUUAAUGGUCGAAUAUUAGAUGAAACAUUAUCAAGACCAAUAAUCGAAUGUAAUUCUCAUUGUACUUGCAAAGAAAAUUGCGAUAAUAGAGUGGUACAAAAUGGUCCAUUAGAUAGUCUAUUUGUAUCAGAAAUUGAUGGAAAAGGACAUGGUUUAUUCACAACUAAAUAUAUUAAGAAAGGUCAGUUUAUUUGUGAAUAUGCUGGGGAAGUGGUAAGUAUUGAAGAAGCAAGACGUAGAGUCGAGAUGAAUAAAAAUAGUAUGAAUUAUGUUCUUGUGGUUUCUGAGCAUAUUGGUGAUCGAAUAAUAGUAACUUGUAUAGAUCCCAAACAUUUUGGCAAUAUUGGACGAUAUUCUAACCACAGUUGCGAACCAAACACGAAUCUUGUACCUAUUAGAGUUGAAGGACCUGUACCUCGAUUGUGUUUAUUUGCAUCCAGAGAUAUAGAAAUUGAUGAAGAAAUAACUUUCAAUUAUGCUGGAGGAAUUACUAAUUCUAUUCAUAAUUUCAGUCAUACGAUCUGUCUUUGUGGCUCUACUAAUUGUCAAGGCUAUUUGCCUCAUAAUCCUAUUUAAAAUUAUUAUGUUUUUUUAAUAAAUUGAUCUAAGCAAAAUUUAUACAAUUGGAAAAUAAUGUUCUAAAUAUUAUAGAGUUUUGUAAAUAUAUUGAAUAGAUUUUUAAUA